CUCGAUCUGAUGCCGAGCAAGCAGAGAAAGGGGCCGAGAUUGAAGAGUCGGCUGGAAUAAUCCUCUCUGCUGCGGCUGCUGUUCUUCCAUGGUCGUGCAUUAUCGAUUUGCGCAGAGAUUGCUCGAUCGAUCGAUCCCGGGCGGACGAUUCUAGAUUCAUUCUUCGUUGAUCUCGAGAACGCAAACAAAGGUACCUCCAGAAGGGAGAGGUAAAAAAAAAAAAGGAGAUCAGGCAGGAUAAAAUGGAUGGGCAGUGGGGAUGGAUAGGUGGAAGUGUAUUCGCCACUGCCACUGGAUGGUUUGGAAAGGAGCACUAUGGUGGCAGCGAUCAAGGCUACUGGUGCCACCACGAUGUUGGUGUGCCGCAAAUCGGUGCCUAUGGUCUGGUCGAGCACGGGGGGAUUGGAUGGGGCAGCCCAGUACACAUCGAAGAACAGGAGCAAUGCUUUUGGGACAAGGACGGUAGCAACUGGGCUGUGAUGCUGGCUCACGGCAGCGGCAAAUGUGGGUGGAGCGAAGCCGCUGCUCCAGACAGAGUACCGGUGAUGACCAUGACUCACGCUUUUCCGAGCCUUCAGCUGGCCCCGGAAUCGCGUAGUUUUGGCGGCAGCGGCUGGAAGAGCGAUGGGAUGACUGCUACUGCUGCUGCUUCGUCCGCGACUGCGACUUCGGCUACCGCUUCGCCGUCCUCGGACGACGAGUUUAGCUCCCUCCCGGACGAUCUGCUCGAGAAGAUCUUCGCGGCAUUGCCUCUGCUGAGCCUGUUCCGAGCCCGGGCUGUUUGCAAGCGGUGGCAUGGCAUCACCACCUCCAAGUCCUUCAUGGCGCUGUGCGCGCAAGUCACGACUCACAAGCCGUGGUAUCUCAUGUACAAGGACUCGGAGAAGAUGGUCGGGGUGGCAUUCGACCCGACGUCCCGGAAGUGGCACAACUUCGUCCUCCCGCCGCUCGACGACCCCUCGGCAAGCUUCGUGGCCUCGGCCGGCGGCCUGGCGUGCUUUCUCGACAAGACCAACUCGGAGGUGGCCUACGUUUGCAACCCGAUGACCAAGGCCUGGCGGCAGCUCCCGCGGCCGCCGGAGAGGCUGAGCUCCGACUACUGCGCGGUGGCGAUGUGCGUGCAAGGCGAGGACUACAAGAUCGUGGUGGCCAGGUCCACGCCAGUGACGAACGACUACGCACAGUGGAGCUUGUCUAUCGAGGUGUAUGAUUCCGGCCUAGCGGCGUGGAGGAGCCCGAGGUUCAAGCUCUUGCAAGGCUGGAGGCCUGGGGAGGAGAGCAACAUAUGCAACGGGGUUUUCUACUGCGUCACGCACUCGACUGUUGGUGCCGGGCAUGAUUACUCGCGGCAUGGACUGAUUGCCUACGACAUCAGUCACGGGGCGUUCCAGGACUUGAUACUCCCGAUGCCGUGCUCGCUUUCGUGCGUCCGGUUGGUGAACUGCUGGGAGAGGCUGGUGAUGGUUGGCGGCAUUGGGACGUAUGACUUCAUCAAGGGGGUCGGGGUGUGGGAGCUCCAGGGGGAGUGGAAGCAGAUUAGCAGGAUGCCGACCAAGCAGUUCCAUGGAUUUGCGGGUGGCCUGGACGACGUUUUCUCGUGUAGCGGCCACGGUGACUUGAUCUACAUUCACAGCUACGGCAGCCCCCAGCUCAUGGUUUUCGAUAUCCCGCAAGGAUCGUGGACGUGGGCGAGAGCCUGUCCGGUGCUCAAGCGCGACCCGUUGCAUCUCUUCACGGGAUUCUGCUUCCAACCCCGGCUGGACGUCUCGGUUUGAGAGGUGGUGGCGGCUGGGAAAGCACGAGAUUUUUACUACGAAGUACGUACCUUUAUAGGAGAAUUGGAGAUUUAUUAUAUGGAGUGGUGGUUGUGGGGGAUCGGGAUCGAAAGGACUGGUCUCUCUUCCGCUCGCAUCGCUCGUAUGCUUAGAAGAACCCGAGAAGGAAGAACGGACGAGAGGAUUAGAGCAACCAACGCACGGAUCUCUCCCUCUAAUGUUGACGGGUAUGUUUUUUCUUACUUUUUUUUUUUUUAGCUCGGAUCCUCUUGUCCUGCGGCUCUUGUUGUUAAGAUUGAUUGGUUUUUUCUUGUUGUUCGUCCGUAAGUUAUCGCUUAAGUUUAAAGUCCUUGCUCUUGCCUCGA